AAAACAAAGGCUUACUGACGACAUAUCAUACGCAGUUUAUAGUAACGUUAUCUACAAAGUUUUCGCUUAAACCCUGCAGCUUUUCUCCCACGUUUUAACGCCAGAACAGGACCCAUGCAGAACUUCUACCAUGUUUAUCUGGUUGAAACUGGUGCUGUUGCUGAGCUUUGUCAGUGGAUCCACCACUGUAUCUGUGACAGGAAAAAAGGGAGGCAGCGUCACACUGCCAUGUGAAAUUGAGGCCAAAGAGAUUUUUCGAAUUAGUUUGAACAGUUGGUCAAAAACCAUCCCUGUCUGUCAGACUGAAGAAUGUAGUGGCAGAGUAUUUAAACAAGGCAGCUGUGACAUCGUCAUCAAGGAUCUGAUCUUCACUGAUGCUGGAAAGUACAUUUUGAGAGUCUUUUACCACAAUGAUCAGCCAGAGCAGAAGCAGAAAAUCAGGGAAUACCAACUUCAUAUUCAUGAUGAGAUUGCUGUGAAAACUGGCGAGGAGCUGAAGCUGGAUGUUCUGUUGCCAAAUGCUGAUAAAGUGCAGCAUCAGAGCACAAGAGGCACAGAGUGGGUGGAGGAUUGGGGGACAACCGAUGGAGUUCAGAAUAAAAGAAUGACAAUCAGUGAUGGGAACCUGAUCAUCAGUGCAUUUACAGCCAAUGAUGCAGGAACAUACAGAAUUCUGGACUCUGAAGGAAACAUCUUGAUCACAGUGACAGUCACAGAAUCUAGUACAGAAUCAAAGAAAAAAACAGACAGCACAGAUAAAGACAAAACUGGUGAUAUGGAGUAUCAAGUUCCUGUAAUGUAUUGGAUCAUGAGUACUGGACUGCUUGUGUAUGUGUUUCUGCUGGUUCUGACUCUGGUUACGCUUACAAUCAGAAAAAACACUCCUGUGAAAACAUCUGUUAUCUAAAGCUGUGGGCAUGUGUCUAUUUAGGACACAACUUUUCUCUACAGACAGAGUGUAUGACUGCAGAAAAAAGUAUGUUCUUAUAUAACAAGCUAUAAUCAGUAUCCAAACACUUUCAUGCACUGCUAUUGUAUUGUAUUGUAAAUAUGAUUUAUUUAUUUAUUGUUUUGUUAUACUUGAUGACCAGGAACAGCGUAACGUAGCACUUUAUUUAAAAAAAAAAAAAAAAAAAAGUAUUUUUAGAAAUUCCUUCUGUUGUACAUUUUUAUCACUUGUUUAAUAUGAAGUCCAGGGUUUUGUAGUACAAUACUGUAUGCUGACAAAACUGGAAGUGUUAACAUGUUUAAAUAAUGAAAUAUUUACAAUGACAUGAUGAAGUGUCUUCAUCAUCAUCAUCAUUUACACUGUUUACUUAAUCAGGGAUUUGUGUUAUUCUUUGUGAAUCUGCUUUGAAAGAGCAUGUACUGUGAAAAACUAAACAAACUGAACCACUUUUGCAAGUAACAUUUUUGUUGAUAUUGAUUGUUGCUAUGUAUUUUUGUAUGUGUAAGAUUUGCAUGUGAGAAAUGUACAUGUCUAGCUGUAUCUUUACACAUUUUUCCAAAUAAGCACUAUUUUGUACAUAUAAGCUGAAAUGCCAUCAGUUUUAUGGCACAU